CUGCAAACAAGGCACAUGCCCUUGACCGGAAUCGAACCCGGGGCCCUUCAGUCUGUCACUCUGCCCCCGUCUUCAAUUGCUAUUUCCUUGGACCGACCUGUGUUAUGAGUUACGGUCACGGUCCCGGCUGCGGGAGCCAGUGGAUGUCUCUGCAAGACCUGAGGCUGUUAUGGGUGGGGCAGUGCUUUCCCACUCACUGGCCCUCUCCCUUCUGUGACUUGUACCUUCCAGAUCCGCCGUGGCUGCUGAACUGUAACAGGAGAAAGCACUUUACUGAGAGGCAAUGGCUCUAGCCACAGCAGGAGCGGCUUGGCCGGGCCCUGGGUGUUGCCUUGGGGUGAAGGAUGAAGAGGCAUCUUCUGAGCAGAGCAUUUCUGUGGAAGUGUCGCCUGUGCGUCCUGUCAGGGGACGUUCCUCGGCCCAGAUGGCUCAGCCUUGUGACAGAUGCGGCCCCAUCUUGAAAGACAUUUUGCAUCUGGAUGACCACCAGGAAACACAUUAUGGACUGAAGCCAUACACAUGUGAGGCAUGUGGGAGACAAUUCUCAUUUGGUGCGAACUUUUACCGGCACCGGAAGCAGGACAAUGUAGAGAAGCCCGUCAGGAGAGACAAAGGCAAGGCCACACCUGCACAGGACUGUAGAGUCUGUGAAGGACCUCAUCCAUCAGAGAAGCCCUCCGUGUGUGAGGGGGAUUGGAAGGACUUCCAGGCACGCGGGGACAGUCACCAGCCAAAGGCCACCCCCCGCAAGAGGAAGACGAGCACUGAGAGUGGGGCGGCCCUGCACAUCGGACAGAUGCAUUACAAUUGCAACGACUGUGGCAAGGCCUUCAGCCGCAAAGACACGCUUGUUCAGCACCAGAAAAUCCACUCUGGGGAAAGGCCUUACGAGUGCGGCGAGUGUGGGAAGGCCUUCAGCCGCAAAGCCACGCUCGUGCAGCACCAGAGAAUCCACACUGGGGAGAGGCCUUACGAGUGCAGUGAAUGUGGGAAGUCCUUUAGCCGCAAAGACAACCUAACACAGCACAAAAGAAUUCACACUGGAGAAAUGCCUUAUAAGUGUGGUGAAUGUGGAAAAUACUUUAGCCAUCACUCCAAUUUAAUUGUACACCAGAGAGUUCACAAUGGAGAAAGGCCUUAUAGGUGCAAUGACUGUGGGAAGGUUUUCAGACACAAAUCCACACUUGUUCAGCACGAGAGCAUCCAUACUGGAGAAAAUCCUUAUGUUUGCAGUGACUGUGGGAAGUCCUUUGGCCACAAAUACACCCUCAUUAAACACCAGAGAAUUCACACCGAGACGAGGCCUUUUGAGUGCGCUGAAUGUGGGAAAUUCUUUAGUCGGAGCUCUGACUUUAUUGCACACCAGAGAGUUCACACGGGUGAAAGGCCUUUUGUGUGUAGCAAAUGCGGGAAAGAUUUCAUAAGAACCUCCCACCUUGUUCGGCACCAAAGAGUUCACACUGGAGAAAGGCCAUAUGAGUGCAAUGAAUGCGGGAAAGCCUAUAGCUUAAGCUCCCACCUCAUCCGGCAUCAGAAAGUUCACACUGCAGGAAGGCUGUAGGAGUGCUUUCGACACAGAAGGACUCACAUGGACAGGGACUCUGUGAUCUCCCUUUGAGAGGAAGAUAUCAAUCAGAUGUUGAACUUCAUAUAUUUGAACAUUAACACUGGGGAGACACCUUGUUAGGGCAGUUAGGGGCGGUCAGGCUGACAGGGAGGGGGGCAGUUAGGCACAUCAGGCUGGCAGGCGGAGGCAG